AUGAAAUCCCAGCAGAGGAUACAGGAGAAGCAGGAGAAGGUGCAGGAGCUGAAACAGAGUGUGGACACUAUUAAGAGGCGUUCACAGGCAGCAGUAGAUGAGAGUGAGAAGAUCUUUACUGAGCUGUUCAGCUCCAUGGAGAAAAAGCGCUCGGAGGUGAAGGAGCUGAUCAGAGCUCAGGAGAAUGCUGAACUGAGUCGAGCUGAACGACUCCUGAAGCAACUGGAGCAGGAGAUUGCUGAUCUUAAGAGGAGAGUCACUGAGCUGGAGCAGCUUUCACACACACACGAUCACAUCCACUUCCUCCAGAGUUUCCCGUCUCUCUGUGUUUCUCCUGGAUCUGAGGACUCACCCAGCUUCACUGUCAGUCAACAUCUCUCAUUUGAUGGAGUGAGGAAACCUCUCUCAGAUCUGAAAAAACGAGUCGAGGAAAUCUGUGAGGAGGAAUUCAACAAAAUCCGUCCACAAUUUGCAGCAGUUCAGAUGAUUUUAGUCUCAGAACCAGAGAGCAGAGAAGAUUUCCUGCAGUGGGCACAACAGCAGGACCAGAGACUGGCUCAACAGCAGCAACAACAUGGAGACAGUGAUGAUGGGACAGUUCUGCCUUUUGAAGAAUAA